AUGCGCCGUGGGCGUUUCCGCACCGUGACCAUGCUGCUUCCGCCGCUGCCACCUUCUGUGUCUGUUCCCUUUUCUGCUGCGGCGUCUUUUUUGCGUCGUUUUCAUUCUACUUGCAGAAAGCUUCAAAUGACGCACUGCGCUUCCCACGCGGAGACUGACGGCUCAAAAGACAUUGACGACGCCGCAUGGCGAAGGAAACUGACACCAGAACAGUUUCACAUCCUGCGAGAGAAGGGCACUGACCCACGCUUUGGGCCGUACAAUGAUCACUUUGAGCCAGGCGAGUAUUUAUGCGCCGCAUGUGGAACGCUGCUGUACAAGUCUGAGAUGAAAUUUCGCUGCGGCUGCGGCUGGCCAGCGUUUUGGGACUGCGUUCCAGGGGCGGUGCGGGAGGAGCCUGACAGUGACGGGGUGCGCACGGAGAUUGUGUGCAAUGCAUGCAACAGUCAUUUGGGCCAUUUAUUUCGUGGCGAGGGGCUUUGCAACCCUCCGCCAAAUGAGCGACACUGCGUAAAUAGCACCUCGAUCCGUUUUCAGCCGAGUCCUUGA